AAAAAUGGUACUCAAAUUAGCUAUUAAACACAAUCCACCAAGUUUAUUUGUUAUCUAUCGCUACAAUUUAAAGGAUAAAAAACUUCGAAGGUCUCUCAAUCUGAAUAAUUUAGAUAUCGAAUUGAACUCAAUUCAUUGGUUUAUUUGCCAACUCCAGAUUUAAUCACUGAGCAACUUUACCUUGAACAUUAUGAUUAUUUAAAUGACAAUAAUGUGGAAUAUGAAUAAGUGUUUAGGUUGGUUUAAAUGUUAUAUGAACAUCAAUAAUAGAAAAGUGGAACAAGAAGAUCAGUCAUCAAAAACCUCGAACAAGUUGAAUCAUAUAUGGAUAGUGAUUAAGAUGAGUUAAAUAAAAGUGUAGUGAUGGAACAAGACGAUAAUUGGCAGACUCCACCUAAUAGAAGGACAGGUAAUUUGAAAUCAAUUAAUUUCGAGAAACAAUUUAUCCAAAAGACAAUAGUAAAUUUAAAUAAAUCCCUUCCAGUGAAAGCAUGAGUUUGAGCAUAAGUGGAAUGUAGAAUUUUAUGUAAGGGUAACAAAAAAAGUCCAAUAAUCUAACAUAUUUACCAAUCAAUAAUUUUGAUGAUUAAAUGUCCAAAAAUAGACGCUUUGUAGAGGAUUAAAUUCAAUAAAACUAAUAAAGUUAUUUUAAGAAUAAAUAUAUCGAGUUACCAUAGCCUUUACUAAACAGAAAUAAUUAAAGAAUCAAUAAUUAUUAUUGA